AUGUGGUACGCAGUCCGCAAGCACCCCGGUGCCUUUGACUCGCCGGGAGUCGCGGCCGCGUCGCACCGCGACGCGAGGUUUUGGCUCGGGGUUUGGUACCGGUCGCUUACAGCGGCGCUGCGCCUCAUCAGCAGUCUGAGCAUGGAAGUUUCUAACCAUGCGUGGUUGUUAGAGCAAGGCGCGCUGCAAGCCGUGAAGCAGAUCCUGCUGUUUCUGCCGGCGGACAGGAUGCGGAGCGGGCACCAAGAGGCGGCGCUGUUCAUCUACCGCCUCUUCGAGAACGACAGAGUGCACAGAAGCAUCAGCCAGUCUCCGGUUUUGACGGGCCUCUCUCGCGAGAUCGUGGCCCAGCUUGUCUCCAUUGACGGCGACCUUUUCGGCGAGGGCUGGGGCGAACGGAUAGGAAUACCGCUGUACAGACAGCUCUUCUUAACUGCGGAAGACCUGUUUCUAGCCUUUCUUCUUGGCAGCGAAGCUUGGCCUAUCCCGAUGCUCCUCGUUUACAAGGUUCUUAGCAUGUUGGACCUGCAAGUCGACCAGAACAUUCUGCACGUUGUAGAUUGGUACCUGUACGGGCAAGCCGUGGCGACACUUCUUUUCGCUCUCUGUUGGCUGCGCAUGGCACUGUUGCUCGUCUUCAUCGUUCCAUUCUCUCGCUUCGUAAAAGGCAAACUUUGGCGCGUAGUCAUAGGAGCAGUGGGCUUCUUCUACCUAGGAAACACAGGCGAGCGCACGAGCUUCAUGACCAAGUGGAUCGCCUUAGGACUACAACACAAGGGUCGCUUCGACCCUGCUCUCCUUGGCACGCUGCUGGUUCGCUUGUGUGCAUGCCGCAUCAAGAAAGCCAAGCCAGUCCUGACUCCUCUUGCAAUAUCUGCUUGGGUCUGCUCGGUGCUCCAUCUGUUCGCUAAGGGGUACAUAAGCACAGGCAUUUGGGGAGACAGGCAACUCAGGCUCGCUGGUGAAUUCCUUUGGACGAGUCUCACAUUCGCUCGGCUGUACUCCAUAACGAUGGGCACGGUCAUCGACCUCGCCUGCGUCUGGCCCAACGGCCGCACUUGGAUUGCAGAAAGAGUGGAGCAGGAGAAGCGUAAGGUUGCUGAAAAUCACUUGGACUGCUACGUUCGGGCUGAUAGAACCGGCCAAGCCCCCUGUUUCGAGCACAAGGCCGACGACACCGCCGACUUGGAGUUCUUAUGCUCAGUACGGGUUCCUUUGGAAUUGUUCCCGACGCACUCCAUCAAAGAAGCCUUGAUAGCCGCCGCACUUGGGGGCGAAGUCAUCAGCGGUACACCAAUCAACAAGGAGACGGCAGUAGAGGCGUUAGCACAUCUGAGCUUCUUGAAGAGUCUCGAUCUGAAAUCAUCAGAGCGCUCGUGUCUGGCUCGUCAGCUCGUAAAGCAGUGUCGGGGCACCGUUGAGAAGCGACACGUGGCGGCUGCGAAAACAGUCAACGUGGACGAGCUGAAGGUGGGCCUCGAAGGCCUGGCGAAUCUGGCAAGAGACGACCCGGUCAUUGGCUCGCUCCUGAAAAGCGAGCGCCUCUUCUCCAUCCUCGCGCGUAUCGCAGACCCGCCCGCGCCUCUUGCGGCCAGCUUAUUGAAGGAGGCCGGCAAGGAAGUCCAGGACUUCGAGGAGAUCUUCGAGAAAAGUGACACCGGGUAUGCAGAGAGGGACCUUCCGAAAAGACGCCAAGAGCUUAGGGAGUCUACAGAUUGGAGGCCGGCUCGCAACCAGAUUCAGACAAGGAUGAUUCAUCUGGCUGAGUUGCCCUCAGAGUUUCAGAGGCGUUCAACGGUCAACUUCAUACGUGACUCGGAGAUAUCGGCGCGCUUAGCGCUUCUACUGACCUGGCACACGUUUUGCAAUAAACACGUGGCGUUUCAACCGCCGGGGCAUGCGGCCACGUCAUACUGCGACCCAAGGUUCUGGCUCGGGGUGUGGUACCGGUUGCUUACAGCAGCACUGCGCCUCAUCAGCAGUCUGAGCACAGAAUCCUCUAACCAUGAGUGGCUGCUGGAGCAAGGGGCGCUGCAAGCCGUGAAGCAGAGUCUUCAGUUCCUGCCGGCGGACAGAAUGCGGAGCGGGCACCAAGAGGCGGCGCUCUUCGUCUACCGGCUAUUCGAGAACCGCGCGGUUCAUAGGAUCAUCAGCGGAUCUUCACUUUUCACGGGGCUUCUUUGCGAGAUCGUGGCCAAGCUUGUCUCAUCGACAGCGAUCUUUUCGGCGAAGGUUGGGGGCAGCGGAUAG